AUGACAAAUGAGAAUCGACAUCAUAAACCCUCCAAGUGUUUAUUCAUACUCUUUGAACUACUUCAGGUUCAGCAGCGUCACUUAUGUCUUGGAGCUGCCAUCUGUUGUCUCUCGGGUUCAAUAAUCGUAACUGAAUAUAAGAUGCCAAGCCACUUCAAUGCCGGAUAUUGGAUGGGUACAAUAGAUCUUGUUGCAGCUCUCUUCAUGUUUGUUUGUGCAAUCAAGCCUAAAAAAGUGGUAUCAGUUACCUCCACCAUGGUUGAUGCUGUCGCCAUAGCAAUAACAUUCGCUGGAAGUUUUCAACUCUUAGUUCUCAAAACAGGAACAGCAAGUACAACAGGGUGGAUUGGCCUUGUCACCUGUGUCUUUCUCAUCUAUCAUUGCGUAUCUUGCAUAUACGAUAUUGGCGCGUGCUGCAAUUUGAAGGAUCCAGAUGACGCAAAUGCUGCCACCACACCAACGACGAACGAUAAUGGACGACAAGUAGAAGAAGGAGGUCGUGGAGGACGAGGUCGCAAAAGACGAACACUUUCUCCGCCGAUCGAUUUUCGAUUUCCCGAUGAAAUGCCUAAGUUACCCGGGUAUGAGGAAUUGGGUAAAUCUGAGGGUCUGCCCCCAGAUUACAACACUUUGAACGUCGCGCCCCCUGAAUAUACGCCAACAACUGAAGAAGUAACUGUAACUGUCGAAGCUCAUAGCUAA